UUCCCGCACGACGCACGAGACACGACCGCGACGUCAACCCCUCAUCCUCCAAGUAGUACCCGUCCAAUUCCAACCUUGUCACGGUUCUUCUGCUCGCUGGAGCGAGAGCGACGGGUAGAAGUUCCGGAUCGGAGAGCUCAAGCAUAUUGUCGCCGUGCAGCCCCGUCGCUGGGCGGCUAUUGCAUCCAGCAAGCAGAUCCGUCGUCUCGGCGUCCCUGAAGGCGCUUCCCCCUUCCCCUGAGCCUUAUUGAGCCUGGCUGUGCCCGUAUCUCCAUCGACACCGAGCCUCCAGGGGCCAAGGGGGGAGUGGUGGCUUCGCGCAUGUGAUGGCUCUGUAGGCCCUGGCGGCUGGCGUAGAGGAGGCUGUGACCAGUAAACCGCUGGUCCACCGCAACCCUCUGUGAGUCCUCUGUGGCUUCCUUGCAGGCGAUUGCUGAAACCAGCAUGUCGCAGGAGCGGACAUUGGAGGAAGUCAUUUCUCCAUUUUUAGUGCAACUGGAAAAGGCAAGAGUUGUUCCUUUGGAUUUAGAUGACGAUAGUUCACAUUCAGACAUUACACUUCUGUUUGAAAAUAUCAAGAAAGAAGCAUGUGAAGUGAAGAAUAUACUGCAGAGAGUGUCUAAAUGGGAAAAUGAGAUUAUAGAUGACUUUGGGGGAAUAGCUCGACAUUUGGAUGAAAUCAUAGAAGAAGACAGCCAGCUUGAUUCAAUACGUUCCAAGCUUCAAAUUGUCAACACUGAAAUGUCCAAGUUAAAAGAUCGAAUGCAACUUCCUCUCCAUGUUCCUGUGAUUAAGCCAGCAGCUCCCACAACCUUGCCUUCAUCAGUACCGUCUAAAUGGGUUCAUGCAAAAGUUUCGGAGCAGUGGAAAAGACUAGAGAUUGAGAGGAAAAUUCUUGAGAGCUCAACCAUGUCUAAUUUGCAGCUUAGCUAUGAUAAUCUUGAUUUGCAGCUGAAGCUGUGCUUGUUAUGUUUCUCUAUCUUCCCAGAUAAUUCCAUCAUCAGCAAGAGGGCCAUGAUCCAUUGGUGGAUUGGCGAGGGGUUAGUAGAAGCCACAAGAAGUCAGACAGCCGAAGAUGUCGGGAAGGAGUGCUUUGAGAAGCUGAUUGCUCGAGAGAUGAUUGAACCGGUGUAUCAGAAACGCAGCUGUGGUGUCAACCAAUGCAAGUUGCACCCUUGGAUUCGACGUAUGUUGAUUACUGUUGCAAAACAAGCACGUUUUUUUGAAUUUGAUUCGGAUGGCAAUGCAACAUGGGAUUGUUCAGCUACUCACCGUGCCUGUCUAGUUGAAGAGCACCAACUGGAAAUAGAUCUGGCAUCACUCAGAAACCCAUCACUCAGAAACCUUCUGACAAUAUUUAAUGUGAAUGAGCGAUACCUCCAAUUUGAGAAGAGUUGGUUCUUGGAUUUGAGGAAGAUUGCGGUUCUCCAACUAGGAAGAUGGCACAACUCAUAUCGACACCAUAUUGAAGUCGACAGUACCGAAUUUUUGGAAAGACUCCAAUCAUCCAAUCAAUUGAAAUAUCUUUGUCUGAGAGGCAUCUCUAGAAUCACUGAACUUCCUGCCUCCAUUGGUGGACUCUCAAAUCUCAGGAUCUUGGAUCUUCAUUCUUGUCAUAACCUUGAGAGGCUGACUGCAAGCAUCACGUCUCUUCAAAUGCUCACCCACCUUGAUGUGUCAGAGUGUUACUUGCUGGAAGGCAUGCCGAGGGGUAUUAGCUUGCUUACUGAACUUCAAGUGCUCAAAGGGUUUGUCAUUGGUGGUUCCACUGGUAAUUACAAUUGUCGGGUAGCAGAGUUGACCAGGCUGGACAAAUUGAAGAAGCUGAGUGUAUAUAUUGGAAGCAAAGUUACAGUGAUAGAAGACGAAUUGAUUGAGCUUGAGAACAUCAAAGGCCUUCGUGUGCUGAAAAUUACAUGGGCUGUAUCACUUUCAAAGAAGGAGCGAGUUCAUCAAACUUAUGAUUCAACAUCAUUGCUAACUUCACUUUCCCUACCUCUAAAUCUUGAAAAGCUAGACCUGCGCUGCUUCCCUGGAGAGAAGAUACCAGAUUGGUUAAGUCCAAGUAAGCUGUUGCGACUGAAGAGACUCUACUUCACUGGAGGAAUGCUAAAUACCUUUGGCGAAAAAAACAUGUCGGAGGUGUGGAACAUUGAGGUAUUGCGCCUGAAAUUCUUGAAUGAUUUAUCAGUGCAAUGGAUCCAGGUGCUUGACAUAUUUCCAAAACUGACCUUUCUGGAGGUCUUCAGAUGUAUGAAGCUGAAAUCUUUCCCUUGUGACAAGGAUGGGGUGUGGAUGAACUAUGACAUGCAGGAAGUCAACAAGUAGGAGCCUAGGAGGGAGGGUUGAAUUAGUUGAGCUUUUAUUAUUUACUCUUACAGUGUCACUAUAUUUGCCUCUCACUAUCAGUAACAGUGUUCCAUGAAGAAAGAAAGCGGACCAAGCAAUAAUCCCAGCAAUAUCACAGAGUACAUAAGCACAUUGGCCAAGUAUUAUUGACAGAUUUGAGCAGUUCUUAGUUCUUACUGUGCAGAUACACCCCCCCUUUUCUCAAAUGUUUACGCUGCAAGAAUAGCAAAGAAUACUGUUUCAUUCUGAAUGAACACUUGAAGUCACUAGUACCAGAUACCACUGGAUCUAUUAUACAGAUGCUUUGCCUA